AUGGAUCAACCACUUCCCCAGCCGAUCCCACCACAUUUAACUGAUGGAAAUAGAGGGAAAGGGAGCCCAGCAGUGUCAGUUUCUGCGUCUCAACCUGAGCCCUUGAUCAAUUUAGACAAUGAUAAGGAUGACGGAAAUGGUGCUAGGAUUGACAUACGGCUAAAAUGGAUGAAGCCGGAGGAAGUGCGCUUGGUGGGUGCAUGGUUGAACAAUUCAAACGAUCCAAUCAAUGGCAACGCCAAGAAGACUGAUCGGUACUGGGGAGAUGUUGCUAAUGAGUAUAAUAGUACCACCCCUAAAAGUAGAAGAAGAACAGCAAAGCAAUUGAAGGAUCACUUCCAAAAAAUUAAGAAAAAAGUCACUUGGUUCUGCAGCUCAUGGAAAGAGGCUAUAUCAAUUUGGCCUAGUGGUCAUUCUGAUGACCAGAUAAUGGAGAAGGCUGAAGCUAUCUAUGAGGAAUACAAAGAUGGUCCAUUUACGUUCAAGCAUUGUUGGAAAAUUCUAUGUGAUGAACCAAAGUGGCAAGUGCAACUAGAGGAAGGGGCGCAGUCAAAUAAAAGGAAUUUGGAUAUUGAGGGGAGUGUAGGAGAGCUCACUCCCUCUUUGGCACAAUCUGAAGAUCGUCCAAUAGGCAACAAAAAGGCAAAGAAAGAGGCAAAGAAAGAGGCCAAGAAGUGCCUUUCUCAGAUGGAUGAUGUGCUACAUCAGCUUACAAAACUUCAGGGCACAAAUGAAAGUCGAGAAAAGAUGUUGGAAACCCAGAAACACGUUUCAAGCGAGAAGCUUGAAUCAGCUAGACUUAACCACCUUGCAGCUAAAGAAAAUGCUAAGUCAGCUAUGCUGGAGACGUACAGAGCACUCAGUAUGAAAGAUACAAGUGCAAUGGCUGAUGAUGUCAGAGUUGAGCACUUGGCAUUUAUGAGAUGUGUGAGGGAGAGUAUAUUUGGCAAAACUGAAUUAGAUGCAAAUGGCAGUUCUUAA